AUGGCCUGGGACAUUCAGCAGAUCCAAGGAAAAGGAAUUCAAGUUUCAAAGAACUUCAGAAGAGGGUGCAGUAUUUGGGUCGCACCUAAUGGAGAUCCAAGAACUAAUGCUACAAAGCUGAGUGAAUGCCUGGUUGAGAAGUGUCCUACUGAAAAAGGAAAUCUUGAGAUUUCUGUACAAGGAACCAUCGUUCCAGCUCCCAAUUUCAAUCCCACAAUGGAUGCCCAAAUGCUGGGGGGAGCACUCCAAGGAUUUGGAUGUGAUAAAGACAUGCUGAUUGACAUUCUAACUCAGCGCUGCAAUGCACAAAGGCUGAUGAUUGCUGAAGCAUACCAGAGCAUGUAUGGCCGGGACCUUAUUAGUGACCUGAAGGAAAAACUUUCAGAUCACUUUAAAGAUGUCAUGGUUGGCCUCAUGUACCCACCACCACAGUAUGAUGCUCAUGAACUCUGGCAUGCCAUGAAGGGGGUUGGCACUGAUGAGAACUGCCUCAUAGAUAUAUUAUCUUCAAGAACAAAUGGAGAAAUUUUCCAAAUACAAGAAGCCUACUGUUUGCAAUAUAAUCGUAACCUUCAAGAGGACGUUUACUCAGACACUUCAGGACACUUCAGAGAUACUCUCAUAAACCUGGUCCAGGGCAGCAGAGAGGAGGGCUAUACUGACCCUGCCAUGGCUACUCAGGAUGCAAUGGUCUUGUGGGAGGCCUGUCAGCAGAAGACAGGAGAACACAAAACCAUGCUACAGAUGAUUCUGUGUAACAAGAGCUACCAACAAUUAUGGCUGGUUUUUCAGGAAUUUCAAAACAUUUCUGGGCAAGACAUAGUAGAUGCUAUCAAUGAAUGUUAUGAUGGAUACUUUCAGCAGCUUCUAGUUGCAAUUGUUCUCUGUGUCCGAGAUAAACCAGCUUAUUUUGCUUAUAGAUUGUACUGUGCAAUCCAUGACUAUGGUUUCCAUAAUAAAACUGUAAUCAGGAUUCUAAUUGCCAGAAGUGAAAUAGACUUACUGACCAUAAGAAAACGAUACAAAGAGAGAUAUGGAAAAUCACUGUUUCAUGACAUCAAAAAUUUUGCUUCAGGGCACUAUGAAAAGGCUUUGCUUGCCAUCUGUGCUGGUGAUAUUGAAGACUACUAA